AUGGCUCCUGCUUUGACCUCUAGAGUCCAUGGUUUGCCCUGUGCCCCCUCCCGCAUCCCAAAGUGCCCCUUCGUUCUUGCGCCACUACGCAGGGGGUUUGGGGCGCGGCGCGAUGCGAUGCGUAGAGACGGCCUGGACCGACCCUACCUUUCUCUUCACCGGACUGGCUCUCUUGUCAUAGUGAUUUUGUGUGUGUGUGUGUUUGAAGGCAUAGUGCAUGAAAAUGUGAAAAUGAGGUCUGAUGGAGAGAGUGAUCAGGCAUCAGGGACUUCAUCCGAUGAGGUGCAGAGUCCUGUCCGAGUGCGAAUGCGUAACAACCACUCACGGCGUAUCUGCAAUGAGGACAUUAAUAAGCGUCUAUCACUGCCGGUGGAUAUCCGUUUGCCGGAGGGCUAUUUGGAAAAAUUUGCUAUGAACAGUCCUCCCUUCGAUAAACCCUUGAGUCGGAGGCUACGGCGAGCUUCACUGGUAAGCCAAUUACUUAGAGAACACUCCUAGUAUUGUAAAAUCCAACUGUUAGCACAGAUUAACCCAUUUAUAUUUUUUUAUAAGUUGUUCCUUAAUGUUUUUCAAUUUUCCUGCUCAAAGACUUCGGAUUUAACUUGCCUGUUAAAUACCACGUUUAGUAGAUGUGUGAUCUU